AUGGGAGGCGGCGAUCUCAACCUCAAAAAGUCCUUCCAUCCAGGACUGCGGCGCAACCAAGCCGCCGUCUACGAUGAGGAGCAAAAGGCCCUUGCAGAGCGCAAGCGCACGCAACAGCGCCUGAAUGAGAUCAAGGAGGAGCGCGAGAAGGAGGAACUGCAACGCCAACUCGAGGCUGCUGGAGGGAAGAAGCGCAUCGACAGAGUUGACUGGAUGUACGAAGGCCCAACCGAUGGACAGGCUGGAACCACAGAGGAGACCGAAGCCUACCUGCUGGGCAAACGACGCAUCGACAAUCUGAUCAAGGGCACCGACCACAAGAAGCUGGAAAAACAGGCUGGUGAAGACAGCUUCAUGGCCCUACAACACGCAAACACUGCACGAGACACCGCCUCCAAGAUCCGCGAUGACCCUCUACUCGCGAUGAAACGACAGGAGCAGGCUGCCUACGAAGCUAUGAUGAACGAUCCGGCCAGACGCAAGCAGCUGCUUUCUGCGAUGGGAAUGGGCGAUGGCGACAAGAAAAACAAAGAAGACAGAUCCCGACGGAAGGAAGAGAGGCGGCAUCGCAGGCAUCGGCACCGAAGUGCUGAUUCGGAUCAGGACAGAGACCGGCGACGACGCCGACGAUCUUAUUCUCGAUCGCGAAGCCCCCGACGGGGUGAUGACUCAAGCGAGGAGCGCGCACAUAGAAGCAGGGGAAGGGAUCGUCCCGAUGGUCGGAGCUCUCGGCACAGAGAUCGCCACGACGACCAUGGAAGCAGCCGAAGAUACCGCGAUGAGCGUGAGACUAGGAGCCCGGACCGGGACCGUCGUGGCCGACAUGAGGAUAGGGGGCGGUCCAGCAGGGGAACCAAUCGAUCCCAUCGCAACUCAUCGUCUCCAGAGGACGACAGGCGCUCUCAUCGCCAUGAUGAUCAACGUGGCCGACGCGGAGGUGACCAUCGACCAAGUAGGACAUCGCCUACACCAGAGCGAUCGGACCGCCGACGACAAGACUUGAGCAAAGGGUCGCAACAUGGCCAGGCACGAAACGGGCAUCGUCACAACGGAUCCCGUCAACCAGAUGCCGACACCGCAGACAAGGAGGCUGAGCGCGCACAAAAGCUCGCCGCCAUGCAGUCCGCAGCCACAGACCUCGACCAGGACAGGGUGCAGCGCCUCGCAGCCAUAGAAGAGCGCGAGCGGCAAGCACGGGAGCAAGAUGCUCGUGGUCGCGAACGAGGCGGCGAUCGAGGUUUUGUCAACGGUCUUCAUAAGCAGGCCGGCAAUUUGAAUCUGGCUGAUCGCGUUGGCAGAGGCAGACAAGGGAUUGAAAGGGAUGAGGACUAA